AACCUUAGAAUUAUUAAGUUAUGUGUGGAGUUUUCAAAUAUGUUCUUGUGCUAGAAUAUCAUCUAGCAAAUUCUGAUAUUGAUUUUGAUAAUUUAGAAUAUCAUAACAAGGCUUACCAGUGUCUAUAUAGGAGUUAUAAGAUAGAUCACAAUUCGUUAUCUUCACCUUUCAUACGUAUGUAGACAUAAAUAAUUGCGUGUUGAUUGUUAUAGAGACAACAUACGUUUAUGCGUACGUUUUCUUACUUUUGAGUGUACUUCUAUAUUUUUUUUUAUUUUGGAAUAAAUUAACUCCCAUCAGUACUUUCAAUACUUUGAUUGUAAUUUGUUUAUAUUAGAAACGACUUUUGUUUAUAUUAGAAACGGGAAUGUAUACGAAAACAUGCACACAGCUAUCCUAACUACAGAAUUUAUUUUAACAAUGCGAUAUUACGAACUGUGUUAAUGUGAACUUUAAAUCUAUUCAAGCAGAACUAGAUAGUGUAUUUUAACAAUGCGAUAUUACGAACUGUGUUAAUGUGAACUUUAAAUCUAUUCAAGCAGAACUAGAUAGUGUAUGUGUCGAUCUAGAACGGGUCAAUCUCACCAUAUGCAGAUAUUUAAAGCACGGAACUACACUGAAGAUCGAACUAUCACGGAAGCCAUGUUGGAUUUACAGUGUGAAGUAUUCUUGUGACCCAGAAAGCAAAAAUGUACCCCCGGCUCAGCGCCCAGGACGUCCUGCUGUGUGACUCCUGUGAAACUUUCUCCCUACAGUGUCACUGUGAACUUUGUCAAAUCAAUCUCUGUACUAACUGUGUAGGAAAACAUCUCUUGGAUUUGUCUAAAAGACACAACGUUGUGCCCUUUAAACAAAAGAAGCCUACUCCUAACUACCCAGAAUGUCCGAAACAUGCCGACAAACACUGCGAACUUUACUGCGAAAAAUGUGACGUUCCUGUCUGUUCUAUCUGCGUCUCAAAUAAACACAGGGGGCACAUUUUAUGCAAUGUUCUGAAAAACCUCGACUCUAUGACACAAAGAUUACAACAAGAUUUAGAGGAACUAGAGACCAGAAUUUAUCCCCGAUAUAAUGAAAUGUCCUCCGAUUUCCAAACUGAAAAAGCCCAAAUAGAAACAAAUUACAGGAAACUGACAACAGCUACCGACCAACAAGGAGAAAUCUUGCACCAAGAGAUCACCGCCAUUGUCAACCAACGGAAAUCUGAAAUUGAGGAGAUGAAAACUAAACAUAUGGCUGCCUUAGAAAAACACACAGGGGAAAUCACGCACAGUAUUACUGAACUCAAACAAAUCAUUCUAAACCUGAAGACAAUAUUAAAAUCCAAUGAUAUCUCUCUAAUCUCUACCUACAAAUCUAGGAAUAACGAGCUCAGAAGAUUGCCUCCUCAAGUCCGAGUUAUGUUACCAAGUUUCUCUCCUCAGAAAAUAAAAACAGACCAGCUCCAUGAAAUGUUUGGUUCUCUGUCACCAUUAUCCAUUAGCACAGAAGAACAUGGCGACACAAUGAAGUCACCAGAAGCUGUAUCGUCUCCUCCAGUCAAACCACUGAUUGAUAAACCGCGACUCAUCGCCACUAUAAACACUGGAUAUGCAUGCCGACUACACAGUGUUAGGUGUCUCGAUGAAGAUCAAUUCUGGACAUGUGGGGAGAACAUAACCAUGAUGCUCCUCAACCUCCAGGGAAAACAACUGGAAUCGAUAACAAUCAAGUCAGGGGACAGACCAGUGGACAUAGCAGUGACACGGGACGGAUAUCUUGUUUAUACUGACUAUCAUUUUAAAACUGUAAACCUAGUGAAGAAUAAACAGAUACAAGCCGUGAUCAGACUACAGGAGUGGACACCUCUCCAUGUCUGCACUACCUCCUCCGAUGAUCUCCUGGUUACCAUGCUCAGUCUUGAUGAAACACAAUCCAAAGUUGUGCGUUACGCUGGCUUCACAGAGACACAAACCAUUCAGUUUGAUGACCAGGGUCGUCCUCUCUAUUCAUCAGGUUAUUUUAAAUACAUCACUGAGAAUAGAAACAUGGAUAUCUGUGUGGCUGACGGUAAAGCUAAUGCAGUAGUGGUGGUCAAUCAGUCAGGUCAACGCCGAUUUAGAUACACUGGUCACACCAAGAAACCAUUUAAUCCACGUGGCAUCACUACAGACAGCCAGAGUCACAUCCUGACAGCAGACUUUGACAAUCACCGUAUCCACAUCCUAGAUCAGGACGGACAGUUCCUCCGUUACAUUAAGAACUGUCAUUUACGCGCUCCAUUAGGUAUAUGUGUGGACAUCAGAGACAACCUCUUUGUGGUUGAGUUAGACACUGCAAAAGUAAAGAAAAUUCAAUACCUAUCAACACAGUGUUAAUUACACAUUUCAACACGGUGUUAAUUACAUACCUAAACACUCUGUUAAUUACAUCUACAUGUACCAACAGAAUAUUAAUUAGAGCUGUGUGUUGUCGCGUAACGGAGACAUUGUUAUGAAAUAUGUGUUGUCCUGUACCUGAAAUCGGAGGAAAUUCAGAUUAAACUAAACCCAGUUCCAUUCUACCACGUUACCAUUAAAUGAUCGUUACGACAGGCAAAACUGUCAUGAUAUUUAA